GGACUGGGGGAAGUGGGCGGGGCCGGGUUCUGUCCCUGUCUCCGACGUCAGCGGGGGCGCGAUGACGUCACCGCUGACGUCACCUGUGACGUCACAGGGCGUGCGAGAACAUGAACUUCUCGUGGCGGAACGAGUGCAACCAGUGCAAGGCGCCCAAACCCGAGGGGGGGCCCGGGGGGCCUCACCUGGGCGGGGGCGGGGCCGGCAAGUACCCCGGGGGGGGCGGCGGCCGCGGCAGCAACCACCUGGGUGGUGGCGGGUUCGAGGAGCGGCGCGGCGGCCGCGGGGGCUUUGACCGGGGCGGGUUCCGGGGCCGCGGCGACCGCGGCGGCUUCAGGGGCGGCCGAGGGGGCGACCGGGGCGGCUUCGGGCCCGGCAAGAUGGACAGCAGGGGUGACCACCGGCAGGACCGACGCGAGCGGCCGUACUGAGCCCCUCCCCCACCCCUCCCCCACCCCCCGUUUUGUAUUUGCUGCCCCUCCCCCACUCCCCCGCCCCUCCCCCCGCGGGCUCCCCCCGCUUUUAACCCUCCCCUCCCCCCCAAUAAAGGAUUUUGGGGGAAGGA